AACUUAACUUGGUUCCCGGGUAUGGCUGCGAUCUUGAACUACAGGUUCAGUAAAAAACAAGUAAAGGGCGAUCAGGAGACUCCCUUCAGACAAACACGGAGUUCCAUGUUGAACGGCACCAUAAAAAAUAAAGAAAAGCUAAAAAAACAAAUCAGAACAGUCAGUCCGGCCUUGUCAAUUAUGCAGCUCUGGGUCGACCUCGUGCUAAAGAAUAUAUACCAAUAUUAAAAAGGAACAGUACAGUAUGCAAUGCAAACAAGGAGUGGUCUCUGUAACACAACAUAGGCGUGAAGAUUCAGAAUAUUCUCUGGAUCCGAUCGUCACUCUUAUAUAUUCAUCGCUCAGCGCCCCUUUUGUCUUCAUAAGAUUAUACCCAUUUCUCUGAUUUUCCACGUAUGGUUUUUCACCAACGGGGAAUUUGUGGAGUGGAUCCGUGCUUGCUGAGACGUGGCCGGUCGUUAUUAGUAGAUUGAUGCCAAGUGUACAUAGAAAAGGAUGAGUUGGAUUGAUUGGGAGACCGAAUCAUAUCCCUGCAAUGAGGACCUUCUUGCUGUGCCGCUUUUUGCGCUUUUCUUCCCAGCUGUACGGUUUUUCCUGGACAGAUUUAUAUUUGAGUAUCUAGCAAGAAGAUUUGUGCCAGGAUGUUCAAAAGGUGCAUCUCAGGAUGAGAAAGAUGAUCUCAAGAAACGACACACUAAGUUCAAGGAAUCUGCAUGGAAAUGCAUAUAUUACUUAUCAGCAGAAAUUUUUGCAUUAGCAGUGACAUAUAAUGAGCCAUGGUUCACAAAUACACAGAAUUUUUGGGUUGGGCCUGGGAACCAGGUCUGGCCAGAUCAAAAAGCAAAGACAAAAUUAAAGGCUUUGUAUAUGUACGCAGCAGGGUUCUAUACAUAUGGUAUCUUUGCUCUAAUUUUCUGGGAGACGAGGCGGUCAGACUUUGGAGUGAGCAUGUCACAUCAUGUUGCCACUCUUAUUCUAAUUAUAUUAUCCUACUUGUUAAGGUUUGCUCGAGUGGGCUCUAUUGUUCUAGCCCUCCAUGAUGCAAGCGAUGUGUUCCUAGAAGUGGGCAAGAUGUUCAAAUACAGUGGUUCAAACAUUAUUCCAAGCAUCUCCUUUAUUCUUUUUGUGAUCUCUUGGAUUGUACUUCGCCUCAUUUACUAUCCAUUUUGGAUCCUUUGGAGCACGAGUUAUGAAGUGCUCCAAACAUUGGACAAAGAGAAGCACAAGAUAGAAGGACCCAUUUACUAUUAUGUGUUCAACUCUCUGCUUUAUUGUUUGCUUGUCCUACAUAUAUAUUGGUGGGUUUUGAUUUACCGUAUGCUUGUUAGGCAGAUCAAGGCAAGAGGCAAGCUUGGAGAUGAUGUCAGAUCAGAUUCUGAAGGCGAGGAGGACAAAGAUGAUUGAAAGAUGACAAGUGCCAUUGAAAAAUUGCCACACUAUCAAGUGGAAUAAUGACUUGAAUGCAUUGUUUGUUCAAGUGUUGACAACUAUUUUAUCCAAAGAUUGGUGGAACUUCGAGCACGCGGUUGUUGAAAUUCAAUGUUGAAUAUGAACUGUAAGAUCCAUUGUUGCAGGAGCUGGUUUGGAUUUCAGACAGUGUAGUUAGAUGGUCACACUUUUAUGUUACUCAUAAUUUAUAAUUAUAAGGUCAGCAGGCAGUGGAUAUUUGGCUCAGCAUAUUGUCUUAGAUUUUCGGUUAGGUUUGAGUGCAAUAUAAUUGUUUGCAGGAUUUUUUAAUUGAAGUGGAAGUCUUUGGCAAACAUUGGAAUUGAGAUUAAUUAAUUGGCUAUGCACUCUACUUGAUCCA